AUUGACCUACAGACCCCAUGGGAAAGGAUAUACAAUGAGCCCUUCCAUUUGCCACCUUCUCUGUGUCUUAAGGGCUUGUGGGAGGCUGGAUUAAUUUGGCGAAUACUCCUGGUUUUCAUCUAAUUACAAUCUGUCAAUCUCCCCCAUUGCCCAAGACGUAAUAGGGCAACAAGGGUUGUCCUUCUGCUCAAUCAUCCCUCAUCUGUGGAUAUUGGUGACUGGUGCUGUAUGAAAGAAAGACAUUUCUAUUGGAUGACAGCAGCUGUCAGUCACGCCCACACCCUGCUCUGGACAGCUUUAUUACUACCUGUGAAGAAGAAGGCUCAUGGUCUUUCUGUGAGCUCUGUUUAGUAGCUUUGGAAGGUCUUUGAGUGCCUUUUGUGCUAAGUCUUCUAAAUAGAAGAAUGGAGUCCCAGGUGCGCCAAUAUUUCCAGGCUGAAUGUGAGGCUGCUAUCAACAAGAUAGUAAACCUGGAGCUGUAUGCCAGCUAUGUUUACUUGUCCAUGUCCUCCUACUUUGACCGUGAUGAUGUUGCCCUCAGGCACAUGACCCAGUUCCUGAAGGAGCAGUCCCAUGAGGAGAGGGAGCAUGCGGAGAAGUUUCUGACCUACCAGAAUAAGCGAGGGGGCCGCAUUGUCCUGCAGGACAUCAAGAAGCCAGAGCAGGAUGAGUGGGGGAACAGCCUGGAGGCCCUGCAGUGUGCCCUGCAGCUGGAGAAGACAGUGAACCAGGCCCUGCUGGACCUGCACAAGCUGGCUACAGAGAAGAAUGACCCUCAUCUGUGUGACUUCUUGGAGUCGGACUUCCUAGAGGAGCAGGUGAAGGCCAUCAAGCAGCUGGGAGACCACCUCACCAACCUCAGGCGCCUGGGAGUGCCUGAAAAUGGCAUGGGAGAGUACUUGUUUGACAAGCUCACCUUGGGGGAGAGCAGCUGAACUACACUAGGGACCAGCACUGUAGUAUGGGUCAUGAUGUCUUAACUGCAUUACCCUGGAUAUUGGUCAGAAAAUAGAUGCCUUGUCUUACCUAAAU